AUUAAAGAUCUGAAAAGACAGUUGCAAUCAGAGAGGAAAAGAGCUGAAAAAUUACAAGAAAGAUUACAAGAAAUACUCACUGAUUCCAAAGAUAAACAAAAUAUGGAAGAAUUAUUCAGAUCUUCUGAUUCUAAUGAUAUUUGUAUUAUUUCAGGUAUGGAAGAGUUAUUUAGAUCUUCUGAUUCUAAUGAUAUUUGUAUUAUUUCAGAUAUGGAAGAAUUAUUCAGAUCUUCUGAUUCUAAUGAUAUUUGUAUUAUUUCAGGUAUGGAAGAGUUAUUCAGAUCUUCUGAUUCUAAUGAUAUUUUGCUAGUGGAGGUAAUAGAGAGUCUAAUAAUAGUUGCUCAUCUAGAAAUGAGUAAUGCUUGUAUGGCUGAAGAUUUGUUAAGAAAGACAGCUAUAAUAGAACAUUAUGUAAUGGAAAGUAGACCUGAUCACCGUAGCAAUAAUCAACAUGGCCACCACCAUGAUGAGAAAUUAUCACUGAAGAAAGUAUUAGAUCUUGUUAAUAAAGGAGAGGACAGUGAACUAAAAGAAAUGAAUAAAAAGUUGCAAAAUAUGGUGGAAGAAACAUUAACAAAAAACAUGCACUUACAAAAGGUGAGUUAA